AUGGCGAUUCCUGCUUUCCAAGGAAGAUCGGAUCCCGAAGCCUAUCUUGAAUGGGAGAAGAAGGUGGAAUUAGUUUUCGAGUGCCACAAUUACUCGGAAAGUAAGAAGGUGAAGUUAGCUGCUAUAGAAUUCUCCGACUAUGCCAUAAUAUGGUGGGAUCAACUCACGUUGAGCCGAAGACGCAAUGGAGAACGUCCUGUGUCUACAUGGGUAGAAAUGAAAGCAAUAAUGAGGAAGCGAUUCAUUCCUGCUUACUAUCACCGGGAGUUGUAUCAAAAACUCCAAAGUCUAACUCAAGGCCAACGAAGCGUGGAGGAUUACUACAAGGAAAUGGAAGUGGCCAUGAUUCGCGUCGAUGUUGAGGAAGAUCGAGAUGCCACCAUGGCUCGAUUUCUCACUGCCCUUAAUCGAGAUAUCGUAAAUAUUGUGGAGCUAGACCACUAUGUCGAGGUCAUUGAUAUAGUCCAUAUGGCCAUCAAAGUCAAAAAGCAACUAAAGAGAAAAGGUACGUCACGAACUUUCCCUAACCCUUCUUCGAUGACUAGGUGGGGGCAAGGGACCAACAAACGUGACAUGCCGAAUCGAAAUAAGGACGUAAGUGGUGCCACCAAGUUUAACAAACCAUUUGCCGAAUCAAGUAAAGGAAAGAUGGAUGCCCAACCAAAUAGAUCCCGAGACAUAAAGUGCUUCAAAUGUCUUGGAAGGGGCCACAUCGCAAACCAAUGUCCGAACCGUAAUGCGAUGUUUAUUAGGGAUGAUGGAGAGAUUGAGUCUGAAAGUGAACAAGAGAAGGAGGUCGUUGAACAAACCGAAGAUGAAGAAGAAGCUGAACAAGCUGAAAAUGGAGAAAUAUUGGUGGUGAAGAGAAGCCUUACUUUGCAAGGUGCCGAAAAUGAUCAACAACGCGAAAACAUUUUUCAUACGCGAUGUCAAGUGCAAGGUAAGAUUUGUUGUGUUAUAAUUGAUGGGGGAAGUUGUACAAAUGUGGCAAGUUCAAUGAUGGUGGAGAAACUUGGAUUGGCCACCAUUAAACAUCCCCAUCCGUAUAAACUCCAAUGGCUUAACGAUGGUGGAGAAUUGAAGGUAACGAAGCAAGUGCUUAUUUCGUUUACAAUUGGAAAAUAUCAAGAUGAAGUAAUGCGUGACGUCGUACCAAUGCAUGCGGAUCAUCUUCUUUUGGGGUGGCCUUGGCAAUUCGACAAGCGAGUGAUUCAUGACGGAUACACAAACCGAUACUCUUUCAAACACAUGGAACGAAUGGUGACGUUAGGUCCAUUAACACCGAAACAAGUGUAUGAAGAUCAACUCAAAAUGAGAAGUUCUAUUGAAAAAUCCAAAGAAAGUGAGCGAGAGCAAAAAAAUGAAAAGAGUGUUGACUAG